AUGUAUCAACCUCUGGGCGUGCACCGCCUCAUAUACCGUACUCGCAUUGCUAACUAUGUCAAAGCUGGUCUAAUCGAUUACGCAGUCAAGGUGUUCGACGAAUUGACUAUUUCAGAUUGUCGUGUUUUUGGCAUCGAUUAUAACCGAUUCAUUGGCGUUUUAAUUCGCCACUCUCGUUUCGAUUUAGCCCACCACUACUACUCUAAAAUGGCCCCUCUUGGGUUCUCCUUGUCUUCCUUUACUUACUCUCGCUUCAUUUCCGGUUUAUGCCAGAUAAAAGAGUUUGCACUUAUUGAUGAAUUGGUAAAUGACAUGGAGAGGAUUAAUUGCGUGCCCGAUAUCUGGGCUUUUAAUAUCUAUUUGAAUCUUUUGUUUCGUGAGAGUAGGGUAGAGUCAGCAUUAGAGAUGUUUGAGAGAAUGGUUGAAAGAGGGAGAGAACCUGAUGUUGCGACAUUUACUAUUAUUGUUGAUGGUUUGUGUAAAAUGAAGAAAUUUGAUGCUGCUGUUCAGUUUUGGCGCAAUAUGCUAGAUAAAGGGAUUAGACCGGAUAAUAAGGCAUGUGGGGCGCUUGCUGUUGGGUUGUGUAAUGGGGGCAAUGUGGAUUUAGCUUAUGACCUUGUAAUUGGUGUAAUUAGUAGUGGUCAGUUUGAGGUUAGUGCAUUGGUUUAUAAUGCAUUGAUUAGUGGGUUUUGUAGAGCAGGUAGGAUUGAUAAGGCGCUGGCGAUAAUGUCUUUCAUGAGGAGGAAUGGGUGCAAGCCGGAUUUAGUUACAUACAAUGUGUUAUUGAAUUGUUGUUGCGAUGAGUUUAUGUUUGAUGAGGCAGAGAAGUUGUUGAAGAAGAUGGAGAGAAGUGGGAUAGAACCUGAUGUAUAUAGCUAUAAUCAGCUUCUUAAGGGACUUUGUAAAGCUAAUCACCCGGAUACAGCUUAUAUGUUUAUGGUGACCAAGAUGGAGCCAAAAGGGAUUUGUGAUGUCGUUUCAUACAAUACUAUUAUCAAAGCAUUUUGCAGUGUUCGCAAUACGAGAAGGGCCUAUAAGCUGUUUGAGGAAAUGGCACGAAAGGGGAUUGCCCCAGAUGUGGUAACUUUCACAAUACUUAUAAAAGAUUUUCUUAGAGAAGGUAGAUCUGAUAUAGCAAAGAAGCUUCUUGAUCAGAUGGCAGGAAUGGGCCUUUUGCCUGAUCGGAUAUUUUAUACGACCAUCAUUGAUCACCACUGCAAGAGUGGGAAAGUUGAGAUGGCGCACAACAUUUUCUGUGAUAUGGUAGAAAAGGGUAUUACUCCCGACGUGGUUUCAUAUAAUGCCCUUAUAAAUGGAUUUUGCAAAUCUUCGAGAGUAGUUGAAGUUAUGCAUCUAUACGAAGAAAUGCUGCAAAGGGGAUCCUUUCCUGAUGAAGUGACUUAUAAGUUGAUCAUUGGAGUUCUUAUACGGGAAAAGAAGCUUGCAGAUGCUUGUAGGGUGUGGGAUCAGAUGAUGGAGAAGGGCCUUACUCUUGACAGAGCUGUAUCUGAAACACUGAUCAAUGCCAUCCAGCCAAGAGAACAUCAUUGA